AUGGUCCAGUUUUCGCUUAAUUACAUCUUCGUGGUCGUACUCUAUCUGCAAGUGUUGUUCAAUCCUUCGACAUUGUUGCAUGUGCUCAAUGAGCUGAUUGAAUGCGCCCAAGCUAUACUGCGGUAUACCUAUUCCUCGAGAGAGUUCACCGUUGGACGCCGGCUGUUGUUCAAAAUGAUUGCAAUCGAUGUUUUGCAAGCGUUUUCGUGGUACGGUAUAUUUAUCUGGCUACAGCGAACGUUCGGUUUGAGUUAUGUGUUCGCCUUCUGGUUAAAUACGAUCGCCGUUAUGCAAAUUGUAAGCGCGACCAACAUUCUGCUGGCGGUCCUGCUCUGGGGCGCUUUUCUCUAUCGUCUUAUCAACGAACGCGUUCAGAUCAUCAUCGAUAAUUUGGUGGAAAUGGUUGACCCUGCCCAACGUCGCGAUAGUGCCAACCAUGAUAGACGAAUCGUCUUCAAUCGUAUUUACCGCCAGCUAAACAUUCUGCGCACUCAUCAUAAUGCGCUUACCAGCAGUAUUCAAAACAUUGUUCAGUUCUACGACGUGCCACUAGCGCUGGCAAUGUUGUAUCAAUUUUUGAUUAUUAUUUCUGAGUUCGCUACAACACAACAGAUAUUCUAUGCAUACACAUCGAUCGUACAGGAUAUCAAAAACGAUGUUGACGUGCCUUUGGGAACGUAUAUGAGCUCUAUUCUAUUUGCCGCAUUUGAAGCUAUUCAAUUUUACUACAUCAUUUCGGCCAGCUCUGAAAUUACCGAACAGGCGGAGAAAACCGGUAUACUACUAAAUGAGUUCAUGCCAACAGCCCCUAAUCAGCGAGUAGAACGAUGCAUUGAAUCCUUCACUAUAGAGCUGUUGCAUCAAGAUUUCAAAAUCAAUAACUAUGGCAUGUUCGAUGUGGACUACACAUUGAUGUUUUCGAUGAUUGCCACCAUAACUAGUUACCUAAUAAUGUUAGUACAGUUUCAAUUGGCCGAAAUUUAACUUUCGUUCCUGUCGUUCUGGUCACGGAUUUCGCAUGUACGAGUUUUUCACGAGCAACAUUGAAACACAUUUAAUUAUGUAGCCA